AUGGUGGACGCGUGUCAAACAAAAAAUCGUCUUCCCUUCUUACCUCAACUUCCACACAAGAUGUCUAAGUUGUUGACUUUGUUGUUCCUAUUGGUGGGAAUCGCCAACGCCUUUCAUUUCUACGUUGAUACGGACGAAACAAAGUGUUUCUACGAAGAGUUGCCCAAGGACACCAUUGCCGUUGGAAAAUACGAGGUGUAUGAGCUCAACUUGAACACAAGAGAGUAUGAAAAAGUGAACAACUUGAAAGUCGAACUUACAGUGGAAGAGUUAUUUCACAACAAUCACAAGGUCGUCAACCAAAAGAAUGAACCUAUUGGCCAAUUAACGUUUACCUCGCUUGAUACCGGUGAACACAGAUUUUGUCUGACUCCAAGACACACAGACUGGUCCAAGAGAGCCAGACACAGAGUCUUCUUUGACUUGGCUAUUGGAGAUGCUAAAUCCUAUGUUGAUUCCAAGAAAUCCUCCGAGUUUAAUGAGUUGACUGCCAGAAUCAAUGAACUGAGUAAGAAAUUGCAACACAUCAGGGUCGAACAAGAUUUAUUCAGAGAAAGAGAAAUGAUUUUCAGAGAUCAAUCGGAAUCUACCAAUUCAAGAGCAGUUAAGUGGACUUUAUUCCAGGUGGCCGUCCUCGUUGCCACAGGUGUUUGGCAACUGAGCUACUUGAAAGGAUUUUUUGUUAAGCAAAAGGUUGUUUAG